AUGGCAAUGCAUCAAACACUUCGUCAGCAUCGGGAAAUUGUAGGCACGGCAAAGACAUCUUGCCGGCCUGCGGCUGUGCGCCGACCAGCUCGAUGCACGCGAUUGAACGUUGCAGCCGGUGGCAAGGUUUACCUGGAUCCUGUCCAAAACGAGUGUUCGGCAUUCGCCCCUGCAACUGUCGCGAACCUCGGUCCUGGCUUUGACUGGAUGGGCUGUGCCGUACAGGGGGGUGGCGACACGGUUGUCGUGAAAGCGCUGCCGGGCCGGGCGGGAGAAGUGGUCAUUGAAGCCAUCAAGGGUGACGGUGGCCGGCUGUCCCUCGACCCCGCCAAGAACUGCAUCGGGGUGGCGGCCUCGGAGACCCUCAAGCUCCUGGGUGGCGCGGUGUCGUGCGGAGUCAGCCUCACACUACACAAGGGUCUACCUCUGGGCAGCGGAAUGGGCUCCAGCGCCGCCAGCGCCGCAGCGGCUGCCUGGGCCGUGAACGGCCUCUUUGGAGCCCCGCUGGCUAAGGACAAGCUGAUCUUGGCGGGCCUAGCCAGCGAGGCGGCUGUGAGUGGCUACCAUGCGGAUAACGUGGGGCCCUCGCUGCUGGGGGGGUUCGUGCUCAUCAGGUCUUGCAAGCCCGGUGAGCCCGUAGAGCUGCUUCAGCUGCCCUUCACCGCCGCGGAGGAGCUCCACUUCGUGUUGGUGAACCCGCGGUUCGAGGCGCCCACUGCGGAGAUGCGGGCGGUGCUGCCCCGCGAGGUGCCCAUGAAGUCCAUGAUCAACAACUGCUGCCAGGGGGGGGCGCUGGUUGCGGGUAUCCUACGUGGCGAUGUACGGCUGAUUGGGGAGUCCCUGGAUCGUGACGUCAUCAUUGAGCCGGUGCGGGGUCCGCUCAUUCCCGGCAUGUUGGCGGUGAAGGAGGCGGCCAGGGCGGCAGGUGCUUACGGCUGCACCAUCAGCGGCGCGGGGCCCACCGCGGUGGCCAUUGUGGACGACCCGGCGGUCGGGGAGCGGGUGGCUGCGGCCAUGUGCGAGGCCUUCCGCUCGGCGGGGAAGCUGGAGGUGAACACGUCGCAGGUGGUCAAGCUCGACACGGAGGGAGCCAAGUUUGUUUAG